AUGCACUUAACAUGGGAACUUGGUAGUGUAAGAAGAGAAGCACCAGCACCACCUAAACAACAAACAGAAGUCGCAGUAUCCAAGUUGAAAUCUAUUUUUAGUUCAUGGAAUUUCGAUCCACAAAAGCCUCGUGAUGUUGAAAUCUUUUAUCCUGGACAAACGGUGGACGUGAGUUGGUUGUAUUCGAAUAUGGAUGGAUCAACUACUCUCGAAAUCGUGCUUUAUCGAAAACGAUUUCUAUUGGAUGCUGAAAUAAGUAAAUUGAGUAUGAAAAUGAAUGCUAUCCAAUUGUCUUUCGUCAUUCCUGCUGCUUUGGAAACAUCAUCGAAUGACCAAUAUUAUUUUCAAUUUAGAUUUUCUUAUUCAUUGAUCCGCUAUCAGAAAACAAGUGCUGUCUUCUAUAUACCGACGGUACCGUCUAUUAUUGCAGGAGCACCACCCAUUGUUGACGAUGUAUUUUAUGCAGGUGAUACAGUGCCGCUAUCAUGGCAAAGUGUGAAUUUUGCGGCGGCAUCCCAAAUUCUUGUACGCUUUCGUCGAGCACGCCCAAUAAUACCUGAUGCUACGUUAGACACUUUCACAGUUUUGGCUACAACCAACACGUAUAACUAUACAAUAUCCUCUUCCUUAGAUCGAGCUGAUAACGAUAAAUAUUACUACUUCGAAUUUGACUACUGCACAUCAUGGCUAUCAUUGAAUUGUAAAAAGACUACAAAUAAGUUCUUUGUACCGAUUCGACCAUAUUUACUUCCAACAUUCUCAGGUGUAGACGAUUGGUUUUCGCCAUCACAAUUGUUGACACUCAAGUGGACUAGUGCGAAAUUUGCUAACGGCAAUGAUCUACUUACGAUCAAACUUCGUCGCUAUAUUUUUUUGCUACCCGACAGUGACAUUGACACAUUCACAUGCACAGUGAGUUCAAGCGGCGCGUGUUCAUGGACUUUGCCAGCUAUUGAAAAAACGCUUUCCGGCUAUUAUUUUGAGUUCAAUUGGUGCAAACAUUGGUAUUCGGCAGAAUGCAAAGUAAAAAAUAAUCGAUUUUCUAUUCCAACACACGUUGUCGGAUCAUGGAAUUAUGACGAACAACGAGGUGAAGCGCUGGCAUCGAAAACACUCUAUUUGACCACAUGUAGUAGUUUAUGUCCAACACGUGACACGGAAUUAUUCUAUAUUUGUCAGAUGUGCGGUAAAGGACGGUCCAUGGGCAUGCAGAUAAAUUGCACAAACUGUUGGGCUACCUACGAUUACAGCAUUGUUCAAAUGGAUAUCAUACUCAAGGGCAAUUCACCCUCACUAGACCAAGUAACAGUGCGCAUGAAUUCACGUGUUUCCGUUAAUCUGGAUUUUGCUAUUUCGGCCGAUUAUCGACAUAGUUUUGAUGAUGGAUUGCCUCUACCAUCUAUUCCGAUCGGCCCCUCCAUCGAAAUUGUCAUUGGUGCAAUUCAAUUUGGAGUCGGAUUGUUUUUUUCUCCUUCAAUAUCAUGGAACAUCACAGUGGACACGAUUGGAAAUCUAGCCGCUGGUGUGGAUUGUCAAUGGCAAACGAAUUUGACACUGAUUAGUACUCCUGGAAAUACAAGCAAAGAGUAUAUCCAAAGUUUGACGCGUAAUAUUCAUCCAAUACUGGGAGACUUUCAAGCAAAUCUUCUAGUUGAUUUUGCCUAUCGACCAGCACUAGAACUGACGGCUGGUAUUUUCACAGUUGCAUUAGGUACUGAUGGAUAUAUCAUAUUCGACAGUGUAUGGCAAUACCCACCAUUUACUGCUCUUCCGACAUCGACUUUUGAUUGGAAUCCACAAAAGAUUGCUCCUAUUCAUCUUUCUUUUCCAUCGAACUCAUGUCUUACGGCUCAUUUCAUUCGAUAUCAUACAAUGUACGGUAUUCGUAACACUCAGAUCUCUAUCGAAUUCGAUAAAGUGAACAAUCUCGUCCAGUUUUUCACUGAUUUUGAAUUCUCAUUGUCGACAAAGUCCUUUCUUGAUCUUGAUCCGUAUGAAUUAUCUUCAGAUUGUAUGUACCAAGCGUAUUUGAAUAUAGACAUGCCACAAACAAAUAUACUUAGUUCUCAAUAG